UUGAAAGCAGCAGUGCGUUGUUGUGUUUCCGGUGUCGAUCGCUUGAUAGCUUUAGCGGCUAGUUGAGGACGGUUUUGGGGAUCUUUGUGUUGUUGAAAGGAAGAUUUCAGAGCUCAGAUAGAAACCCAACACUCGUCUGCUGUACACACCUUCAAAUCGUCUCUGAUAUGGACGAAUCGCGAGUGUUUGCGUCGAUGUUGGGCUUUCUGCUGAUGUGUGUCGCCUUCCGUGUUUCUGAGGCGAAAACAACAACAAUUCCACCUGUUCACAAACCAUGCAACACAAUGACUUCCUGUGAGACGUGCCUCGCCAAUGUCUCGUGUUUGUGGUGCCAGACGAACAGCAGCUGCUCAGAUUAUCCGGUGUCGUAUGUGAUUCCUCCGGCCUCGGUGUGUCAGCUCUCUCAGGCGCGCUGGGGUGUUUGCUGGGUGAACUUCGAGGCUCUGAUCAUCGCGAUGGCUGUGGUGUGUGGGACUCUGCUGCUGGCCGUCUCCGUCUGCUGCUGCUGCUGCUGCUGUAAACGCAGACGCUCGUCCAGUUUUGACCGUGUUGAUGAGCAGUUUGCCCGGAGAAGAGAGGAGAUCAGACAGCGAGCAGAUGAACGGAGGGAGGAGAGGAAGGUGAAACAUGAUGAAAUCCGCAAGAAGUACGGUCUCAUCCCAGACUCCGAUCAUCCGUACAGCAAGUUCGAGAACGAGUAAAAGCCACGGAUUGGAUCCCUUCACCACACGCUUUGCUCUGAGACGCGCCGGAUCACUUUAGGUUAGAUGGAGCUGAUACGGAGAUUACCUUCUCAGUCCUUCCAUUGCUUAGAAAUCUGUGUUAAUAAUAAUAAUCUUUUCUGUAUUACUCAAACACAACAGCAGCACACUGCUAAAGAAUAAUUUUCAUCCUCUGUAUUUUUGUCUUGAUUUCCAAUACAAAUAUCUAAAUAUUAAGACAUUCUUAAAUCAAGAUAGUAAAAUUACAUGAGAUAUAAAGUUAAAAAUGCAUCAACCUGAAGUGAUUUUAACACAUGAACAAAUAUCUUCCAGUGGGGUGAGAAAAAUCAACUUCAUUCAAAAGGUUUUUCUAAUCUCAUUAGCAGAUAUUUCUUUCUAGCUUAAUGCAUUAACUCACUACAUUUUGAUACAUUUUUCAGAAAAUAAGAUCUGCAGUAAAUGUGUCUUGAUUUAAGAAUGAGACAAAAAUACUGACUUUUUUUGCACAUUUGAAUGCUUUAGAAGAUGGAACUGGUCAAAAUAGCUGUUCGAAUGUGACUCUUUUGUUUCUUUGUGUUCUUAUAGAGAGUUUGAGAACUAGUUUAUGCAAAAAUGUAAAUUCUGUCAUGAUUUAUUCACCCUCCUGUCACUCUUUUCUGCUCGACAACAGCUCAUACCGAGCAGGACUUUCAAAAUAAGAAGUGCUAUAUUUCUAUCAAGCCUCUUUGUAUUGAGCCAUAUGAUACUUUCUUUGAGAAACAGACCUAGGUUUUAUUCUCUGAUAAUCCACAAAGAGCCAAAAACAUUGUGCAAUAAAUGCAAAUGAGAUUUUAGAGCUUCAGUGGCGGAGAAGAUGAUUAGUGACUUGAUUGCAGUCUGUUUCUCACACGAAGCAUCAAAUGACUUCACAAAUAUAGCA